AUGGCGGACAAGAAGAAGGUAUUACUGCACGUGUACGACGUCACCAACAGCCCCGAUCCGAACGUCAACAACACCGUGCUUCGCAUCAACGGCGUCGCGCGAAGCACGCUGGGGAUCGGAGGAAUCUUUCACGGCGCCGUCGAGGUGAGCAUUCGAG